AUGUCACUCCCACCAUCAUUUACAUCACUUCUGAACAGUCAAAAAAAAGUUAUUUCAGGUGUCACUAAUGAUAACGAAAGUUUAUUGAAAUACUUUAACUCAAUCUCUGAAUUUCUUGCUGAUUGUAAUGUUCCUUCUUAUGAAAUUUUCGCUUCAAUUGAGUCUUUUAAGCUUGAACCCACAGCACAAAAAGCAAAUUCAGUGUUAAUUUCAUUGUGCUCUUUAUUUGUUGUUACUAGAAAAGUCUUUACAAUGAAAGAUUUUGUGUUGUCAAAAGCCCUUAGAUUCCCAAUGGGUCUUCAAUUUGAAGAGUUACAAUCAUACAUGAAGGCUACUGAUAUUUUAAAAACAGCAGAUGAACCUGUAAUUGAUUUUUACAAUGCAUUUAUAGGAUCUAGUGCUGAGGAAUUAAUUACAUGUUAUAGAGAAAUCAAAGAUGUAAAUGAAAAAUGUACAAAGAGUUAUAUAAAAGAAGCUGUUAUUGUUCGUACAUUCCAAAUUCUUGCUGAAAAAAAGAGUAUUAGUCUUGUUGAUAUUAAAAAAAUGCUUGAUUUUGUUCCAUGGUUUAUUGUUGAGAUUACACUCUUAAAAAGAGCAAGUGAUUUAGAAUUUAAAGUUAAGAUUGACCUUUCAAGUGGAAAGAUCUUUAUUGAAAAAGUAGAAGAUAAGAAGAUAGAAGGAUGUGAAUUCACAACUGGGACAAUUGAAGCUGAAAAGACAAUAAUUAAAAACAAAACAAAAGCAUUCAACGAAAAAAUAGCUGCUAUUGAAUAUCAACGAGAAAAGAAAAGAUUAGAGGAAGAAGCAAGGAGAAGAGAAGAAGAAGAAGAUGCAAGACUUGAAAGAGAAUAUUUAGAGAGAAAGAAAAGAGAAGAAGAAGAAGAAAAAGCAAGAAAGAAAGAAGAAAUGAGAAAAAUUAAAGCAGACUCUGCUGCUGAGAUGCAAAAAUUGUAUAGAAUUCAAGAAAAGGUUAGAAUUAAAGAAGAAAAAGAUAAACAAAUGAAGAAUUUAUUUGAAAGAUAUUUCUAUCAUGAAAGAGCACGAAGAAUGGUUGAAAGAAACUUUACUGAUAGAAAAGUUGAAGAAGAGGCAGAAGAAAUAAGAGAGAUGUAUAGAUUAGUUUGUGAAUCUAAACAAGAAAUGAAAAGAGCUGAGCAUGAAAGAAAAGUUGCUAUGAAAAAGAAAUUCACUAAUCCAAAUGCACUUCAAAGUUGGUUAGAGUCAAUUGGAAAAGGAGAGAGUGAAGAAGAAAAGAUGGCUAAAAUUGAAAAAGCAAGAAAAGAAAAAGAAGAAGCAGAAAGAAUUGCUCGUGAAAAAGCUGAAGCAGAAAGAAAGGCUAAAUUACUUGAAGAACAAAGAAGACUUGAAGAAGAAAAGAAGAGAAAAGAAGAAGAGGCAUUUAAAAGAAAUCAAGAAAGAAUUGAAAAACAACAAUCAUCUAGCGAAGUCUAUAGACCAUCAUUUUCACAGAGACAAAAAGAAGAUGAAGAAGGAUGGAUACCAUCUAAAAAAGAUCAAAAACAUUCUAAUUCUGGUGUUGCUUCGUUUACAGGAAGUCAUUCAAGAAGUCCACAACAAAGAGUUGGUGGUUCUUCAGAUAAUUAUCCAAGAACUGGUGGUAGUGGUUAUAAUAAUUCGGUGCAUCAACAAAGACCUAGUGGAAAUUCUUCAGUUCCAUCAUUCACACAAAAAAGAGGUAAUGGAUAUUCUAAUUCAGGAGCCUCAUUUUCUAACAGAGGACCAAGAACUAAUGGAGGUUCUAGUUCAGUUGCUUCAUUUACAAGUGGAGGAUCAAGAGGUGGUUAUAGAAAACAUUAA